CCGGCCCGCCGAUGGAGCCAGGGCAAAAGUACAGGCCCUACACCCCGCUCCACCUGCCCAACCGGACAUGGCCGACCCGUGUGCAACGUACUAGCCCCAUCUGGACCAGUGUAGACCUGCGCGACGGCAACCAGGCCCUCGUAAAGCCCAUGUCUGGCGAGCAGAAGCUGCGCUUCUUCAACAAGCUCGUCGAGUGCGGCUUCAAAGAGAUCGAAGUCGCGUUCCCCUCCAGCAGCGAUACCGACUUUGGCUUCGUCAGGCACAUCAUCGAGCAUGAUAUGAUCCCGGACGACGUCUACAUUCAGGUUUUGACGCCAGCAAGAGAGGAGCUCAUCCGACGGACCUUCGAGUCAAUCAAGGGCGCCAAAAAUGUAAUCAUGCACAUGUAUAAUGCCACCUCAUCCCUCUUCCGAAAUGUAGUCUUUCGCAACUCGCAGCAGCAAACGAUCGACCUCGCCGUCAAGCACACUAAGAUUGUCCGCGAGCUGGUCGACGAAUACAGCAAGCCCGAGAACGGAGGGACCAACUUCAAGUACGAGUACUCGCCCGAGACAUUCACCCAGACCGAAAUGGAUUUUGCCGUGGAGAUCUGCGAGGAGGUGCGGAAAGCGUGGGGGCUCGCGAGCGAAGAGAACAAGAUCAUCUUCAACCUACCCGCCACGGUCGAAAUCGGCCCCCCAAAUCACUACGCAGACCAGAUCGAGUACUUUUGCACGCACAUCAGUAAGCGCGAAGAAAUCAUCGUUUCUCUGCAUCCACACAACGACCGCGGCUGCGCAGUCGCUGCAGCAGAGAUGGGCUUGCUCGCCGGAGGGGACCGCAUUGAAGGGUGUCUGCUAGGCAAUGGCGAGCGGACGGGUAACGUGGACAUUGUCACACUCGCCCUGAACCAAUACUGCCAGGGCAUCCAACCAGGCCCGCUGGAUAUGUCCGAUGUCCAAUCGAUCGUCGACGUCGUGUCGGGCUGCAACGACAUCCCCGUCCACCCGCGGCAUCCGUACGCCGGUGAGCUCGUCUUCACCGCCUUCUCGGGCUCGCAUCAGGAUGCAAUCAAGAAAGGCUUCGUGGUGCACCAGGAGGGUGUGGCAAGAGGUGAUCCAGUAUGGGACAUUCCGUACCUACCAAUCGACCCGGCCGACCUCGGCGCGACGUACGAGGCGGUCAUCCGCGUCAACUCGCAAUCUGGCAAGGGCGGUGUCGCGUACCUUGUCGCGCAAGCACUGGGCCUGGACUUACCGCGCCGGAUGCAGAUCGCAUUCUACCAAGUGAUCCAAGAGAUUGCGGACCGGACCGGCAAGGAGAUCACUUCUGAGGAUAUCACGCGCGCCUUUACCACGACGUACCACCUGCCGUCGUUGGAGCUGGGAAAGAAUGAAGGGCGCUUUGCGCUGCGAAGCUUCACGCUCUCCGCCGCUAAGGCGCUCCCGGCAGACCUGAGCGCGUCGAUGCUCGAGGAGCUCUCCGCAGCUGGUACCGGCGCUGAGACGCCGCGCCUGCUGACGUUCGAGGGCGACAUUGCCGAGGGCGGCCAGGUGCACAAGCUCCGCGGCAGCGGCAACGGCGCCAUCUCGGCGCUGCUCGACGCGCUCGAGAAGGCAUUCGGCGUGCAGGCCAACGUGCGCGAGUACAGCGAGCAUGUCAUCGACCGAGCCUCGCUCAUCGCCGGCGGCGCGUCCGUAAGCAGUGUCAGCGCCGCCAUCCCCAGCGCUGCCGCUGUCGACACCAAGCGCAGCGGCAGCAAGACCAAGGCGCAAGCAGCCUCAUACGUCGAGCUCGUCGACGCAGACGAGAGCGAGCGCGUCGGCGCCAGGAAGGCGACUGGCUUCUGGGGCGUCGGCAUCGACGUCGACAUCACCGCUGCAGGCCUAAAGGCCGUUUUAUCCGCCGCGAGCAACAUCAUUAACCCAACGCGGCGAUGAGCGAGGCGACCAAGGUCAUGCAGGGGCAGAAUGCCAAGGUCAACAACAGGAAUUGUUCCGCUCAUUGAUUCGGCGGCGCUUUUGUUCCGUUUGUACGAGUGAGCGAGCCAGCUUCCAGAGGACAAGCAUAUGCUUUCUCUAUGCCGUUUGAUCGCAUCAAUCUAGACGGGAGCAGCAUGUAUCUCUGCCUUUUCCCUGCAGCACGCCAUUCCGAAAGAAAAGGAAAAAUGUAACAUACGCGCCACGCUAUAUGUUGAUGUCCGAGUCUCAAGAGGAUGAAA